UUCAUUUGGCUUCAUCUACGUCUACUACAUACACUGCGAUAUUGUAGCCGAACGGCUUGUCGAAAACAACAUUAGGAAGUAUUACGGGAGCGAACCAAAUCUACUGAGAUGUGGCUUAUUCCCAUUCUUCUUGUAGUCUUCUCCACCGAUUUAGUGAUAGGAAAGGAAAUCCAACAUGGAGAUUAUCUAUUAGACAUUGAAGAUGACAUUCUGCGUAGUAUAGUAGCAACAGCUGCCUCGAAACACCUUGACUUGGCUACCCUGAAGCUUAAAAAAGUUGAAGAAAAUGUUUUCGAUAAUCUAACAAGCAUAAAAAGCUUGGAUCUCCAUAAUAAUAAUCUUGAGGAUCUUCCAGCCUCACUUUUCUCCAAAUUGACUGAACUGGAAACUCUAUCACUGGCUGAUAAUAAGAUUUAUCAGCUGAAGGAAAAUACUUUUCAAGGAUUAAAUAAAUUAAGAUCUCUCAAUAUUUCUAAUAAUUCGUUGCGACAUUUGGAAAGUGGAGUUCUGCAUGGUCUCACUCAAUCUGUCGACAUAAUAAUAGAAGGAAAAAAAUUAUUCACUAUUUCAACAAGAGCCUUCAUAAAUCCAGAUAAUCAACGAUCGUUGACGGACAUAUCCGAACCACCACGCCGAAUAGAAUUACCGGAAGAGCCCAUCGCCACGGAAAUUCCUGAAGUAUUGGACCCGAACUUGCAAGCAAAAAUCUGCACAAUAAAUGAUGGCACUGUUACGUCAGUGGAGGAAUUGAAGAAAGAUGAGCCGCUUGGUAAUUGUACAACGGUCAUUAUCAACUAUGAAGAAAGAAAACUAAUUCUUUCAGGUCUAGGUCUUAAAAAAUUCCAGAAAGGCUGGUACAAAUUAUCAGCAUUUCCGAUCGCUGCCAUUGAUCUCGGUAGCAAUGAAAUAACUGUAGUCACCUCGGAAUUACUUAACGAAUUGCCCAAAGGGUUGACCACAGUUUCUUUAAUGAAGAACAAGAUUGAAGUUAUCAGAAAAAAUAUUAUAGAGAAUGAACAUCUCCAGACGCUCAUCAUUGUGCAUAACUUGAUUUCUACCAUUGAAGAAGGUGCUCUGGAGAAAACUAAAUUAACAAAUCUUGCCGCCUCCGGGAACCGUUUGAAGAGUUUAUGCUUUGCUAAAACAUUACCAUCUACUCUUGAAGUAUUGACAGCCAAUGAAAAUGAAAUUGAAGAAGUUCCUGAAGAAUCUCUAAAGAAUUUGCCAAAUCUUUUGUAUAUCAACCUCUCAAAAAAUAAUGUGACUGAACUGCCUGCAAAAGCAUUUCGAGGUCUGAAGAAAGCCAAUACCAUUGAUUUAUCCUCUAAUCUAUUAAGUCAAAUCCAUCCUGGCACGUUCGAAGACCAAGAGAAAUUAGUCACUAUUUACUUAAAUGAAAACCGCAUUAUCGAAAUUAAUAAGGGCUCCUUCAGAGGCUUAAAGAUUGUUAAAUCCAUUUACCUCGAUAAUAACAAAAUCAAAAAAAUAUCGAAAGACUCCUUGUCGGAUUUAAAAGAGAAGCUCGGAUAUUUCCUAUAUCUUAAUGACAAUGAUAUCGACAUUAUUGAAGAAGGAAGUUUUGCGAAUGUGGCAGUGCUAAAUCUUUAUCUGCAAGGAAACAAAAUUUCUUCAAUUCCAGCUGGCGCCUUCAAUUCUCCUAUGCUUACGAACCUUCAUUUGGGCAAUAAUCUCUUUACAACAAUUGAUGGAGAUUCAUUUGCUGGACUUCCACAUUUGAUCAACCUUUAUUUGAACGAGAAUAGAAUAACGAGUAUAAAGAAAGGUGCUGCUAAAAAUUUAGGGAAUCUUCAAGAGCUUGACAUAUCCAAUAACCCAUUGGAGUGUCUUGAGAAUAGUGCGUUAUACGGAUUAGGGAAAGAAAAUGGUUUUAUAUCCAUCGUUAACUCACCUAUCAAAGUUAUUCAAGGAGGAGUUUUUACAGAUGUUUAACAUUUUAUAAUCUUUGUUCCGAUGGACGCGACAUGCUUAUCAAUUUACAUAAUAUAUACAUAAAUAGUUCCUUGAGUACAUAUAGAAAUUCUCAAGCUUAAAAAAUUUUGCUGAAAUAUAAAAUCUCAUUCGCAAUGACCGCAUGACUUCACUUAUUCCAAAUUUUGUUCAAGUAUUUACAUGCAAAAUGUAAAAAAUUGAGAGGGCCUUUUCAUUAAUAAAAUAUCUCCUUAAACAUUCCGUA